UGGUCACAUGGGCGGCGCGGCCGCUGCGUCAGUCACAGUCCUGGCUGCGGGAGUCGAGCCGCCGUCGCCGCCGCCAGCGGACGGGGCGGGGAUCCUGGUGCCAGGUCCUCGUCAACCCGCCCUCGCCGCCUCAGUCAGCCGUCCCAGCCGGGGCCCGACCGUCAUGGAGCGGUGCGGGGCCUACGCCUGUUCCGUGUGAGGCGCGUCGCUCGCCGCCGCCGCCGCCGCCGCCACCUUGGCUUUUCUAGGCCUCUGGAACCCCCGCCGCCUCCCGGAGCCCCUCGCCCUUGGCAGCCUGUCGCCGCCCCCUGGGCGGGCUCGGAUGCGCGUCCGGUGAAGGUGCAGGCCCGGCGCCGCCACUGCCGCGGCCAGGAGAUGGUUCGGGCCUAGCGGAGCCGGGACUGGAGCAACAUGAACCGUGAAGACCGGAAUGUGCUGCGUAUGAAAGAACGGGAAAGGCGGAAUCAGGAAAUUCAGCAGGGCGAAGACGCCUUCCCACCUAGUUCUCCUCUCUUUGCUGAGCCAUACAAAGUUACUAGCAAAGAAGAUAAGUUAUCAAGCCGUAUUCAGAGUAUGCUUGGAAACUACGAUGAAAUGAAGGAUUUCAUAGGAGACAGAUCUAUACCAAAGCUUGUUGCAAUUCCCAAGCCUACAGUACCACCAUCAGCAGAUGAAAAAUCUAACCCAAGUUUCUUUGAACAGAGACAUGGAGGCUCUCAUCAGAGUAGCAAAUGGACUCCAGUAGGACCCGCACCCAGCACUUCUCAGUCUCAGAAACGGUCCUCAGGCUUACAGAGUGGACAUAGUAGCCAGCGGACCAGUGCAGGUAGCAGUAGUGGCACUAAUAGUAGCAGUCAGAGGCAUGAUCGUGAGUCAUAUAACAGUAGUGUGAGCAGUAGCCGGAAAAAAGGCCAGCAUGGAACAGAACACUCCAAAUCACGUUCUUCUAGCCCCGGAAAACUCCAGGCUGUUUCUUCAUUAAGCUCUAGUCAUUCCAGGUCUCAUGGGAGUGAUCACCAUAGCAAGGAACAUCAACGCUCCAAAUCGCCUCGGGACCCUGAUGCAAACUGGGAUUCUCCUUCCCGUGUACCUUUUUCAAGUGGGCAGCACUCAAAUCAAUCUUUCCCACCCUCAUUGAUGUCAAAGUCCAACUCAAUGUUACAGAAACCCACUGCCUAUGUGCGGCCCAUGGAUGGACAAGAGUCCAUGGAACCAAAGCUGUCUUCUGAGCACUACAGCAGCCAAUCCCAUGGCAACAGCAUGACUGAGCUGAAGCCCAGCAGCAAAGCACAUCUCACCAAGCUGAAAAUACCUUCCCAACCACUGGAUGCAUCAGCUUCUGGUGAUGUGAGCUGUGUGGAUGAAAUCCUAAAAGAGAUGACGCAUUCAUGGCCUCCCCCUCUAACGGCUAUUCAUACACCAUGCAAAACAGAACCUUCCAAAUUUCCUUUUCCAACUAAGGAGUCUCAGCAGUCCAAUUUUGGCCCUGGAGAACAAAAAAGAUAUAAUCCUUCUAAAACUUCAAAUGGGCACCAGUCUAAAUCUAUGUUAAAAGAUGACUUAAAACUAAGCAGCAGUGAAGACAGUGAUGGGGAACAGGAUUGUGAUAAGACAAUGCCGAGGAGCACACCAGGAAGUAACUCUGAACCUUCACACCAUAAUAGUGAAGGAGCAGAUAACUCCAGGGAUGAUUCUAGUAGCCACAGUGGAUCUGAAAGCAGCUCUGGAUCUGACUCAGAGAGUGAAAGUAGUUCCAGUGACAGUGAGGCAAAUGAGCCAUCCCAGAGUGCAUCUCCUGAGCCUGAACCCCCGCCAACAAACAAAUGGCAACUUGAUAAUUGGUUGAAUAAGGUGAACCCACAUAAAGUGUCACCCGCUUCUUCAGUGGACAGUAACAUCCCAUCAUCUCAAGGUUACAAAAAGGAAGGCCGAGAGCAGGGCACUGGGAAUAGCUACACUGAUACAAGUGGACCUAAAGAAACGAGUUCUGCUACUCCUGGACGAGACUCCAAAACCAUCCAAAAGGGAUCAGAAAGUGGGCGUGGGAGGCAGAAAUCUCCUGCUCAGAGUGACAGCACAACACAGAGAAGAACUGUAGGCAAAAAGCAACCCAAAAAGGCUGAGAAGGCAGCUGCUGAAGAGCCUCGUGGAGGCCUGAAGAUAGAAAGUGAAACCCCUGUAGACUUGGCUAGCAGCAUGCCCUCCAGCAGACACAAAGCAGCCACCAAAGGCUCAAGGAAACCCAAUAUAAAGAAGGAGUCUAAGUCUUCCCCUCGACCUACAGCAGAGAAGAAGAAAUAUAAGUCAACAAGUAAAUCUUCCCAGAAAUCAAGGGAAAUCAUAGAAACAGAUACCUCAUCCUCAGAUUCAGAUGAAAGUGAGAGCCUCCCUCCUUCUUCACAAACUCCUAAGUACCCCGAGAGUAAUAGGACUCCUGUUAAACCCUCCUCAAUGGAGGAAGAAGAUAGCUUUUUUCGGCAACGAAUGUUCUCUCCUAUGGAAGAGAAGGAACUUCUUUCACCCCUCAGUGAGCCUGAUGACAGGUAUCCACUUAUUGUGAAGAUUGACCUGAAUCUUUUGACUAGAAUACCAGGAAAGCCUUACAAAGAAACAGAGCCACCCAAGGGGGAAAAGAAAAAUGUGCCAGAAAAGCACACGAGAGAGGCUCAGAAACAACCCUCAGAAAAAGUUUCCAACAAAGGCAAGAGGAAGCAUAAGAAUGAAGAUGAUAGCCGAGCCAGUGAGAGCAAGAAACCCAAAACGGAGGACAAGAAUUCAGCAGGCCAUAAGCCAUCCAGCAACAGAGAGUCAUCUAAGCAGAGUGCUACAAAAGAAAAGGAUUUGUUGCCUUCUCCUGCUGGGCCUGUUCCUUCAAAAGAUCCGAAAACAGAGCAUGGCUCUAGGAAGAGGACUAUUAGUCAGUCUUCUUCCUUAAAGUCAAGCAGUAAUAGCAACAAGGAGACAAGUGGCAGCAGCAAAAACAGUUCUUCUACAUCCAAGCAGAAGAAGACUGAAGGGAAGACUUCCAGUAGCUCCAAGGAGGUUAAGGAAAAGGCUCCAAGUAGCUCCUCUCACUGUCCUCCAUCUGCACCAACUCUUGAUUCUUCUAAGCCUCGGAGAACAAAGCUUGUCUUUGAUGACAGAAAUUAUUCAGCAGACCAUUAUCUACAAGAAGCAAAAAAGCUAAAGCACAAUGCAGAUGCAUUGUCUGAUAGGUUUGAGAAAGCUGUAUACUAUCUUGAUGCUGUGGUAUCUUUCAUUGAAUGUGGGAAUGCAUUAGAGAAAAAUGCUCAGGAAUCCAAAUCCCCAUUCCCUAUGUAUUCAGAGACAGUGGAUCUCAUCAAAUACACUAUGAAGCUAAAGAACUACUUGGCACCAGAUGCUACAGCUGCAGAUAAACGACUCACAGUACUUUGCCUGCGAUGUGAGUCUUUGCUGUACCUGAGGCUGUUCAAACUGAAGAAGGAAAAUGCUCUGAAGUACUCAAAGACACUGACAGAGCACCUGAAGAAUUCUUACAAUAAUUCUCAAGCACCAUCGCCUGGUUUGGGAAGCAAAGCUGUGGGGAUGCCUUCCCCUGUUUCUCCAAAGCUGUCACCAGGCAAUUCAGGAAAUUACUCAUCUGGGGCCAGUAGUGCUUCUGCAAGUGGUUCUUCAGUGACCAUUCCACAGAAGAUCCACCAGAUGGCAGCCAGCUAUGUUCAGGUCACAUCCAACUUCCUCUAUGCCACCGAAAUUUGGGACCAAGCUGAACAGCUUUCCAAAGAGCAAAAAGAAUUCUUUGCUGAACUGGAUAAAGUAAUGGGUCCUCUCAUCUUUAAUGCAAGCAUCAUGACAGAUCUAGUUCGUUACACCCGGCAGGGACUGCACUGGCUUCGCCAGGAUGCCAAGUUGAUAUCUUGAACUGAACACAUUCUCGUUGCCUCUGAUUUUCUCCACAACACUGUGUCACAUCACGAAGGAAAACUGCCAUAACAUACCACCUAGUCGACACUAAGAAUGAGGAAUAGUUUUCUCCUCGUUGGUUCAUGUGUUGUUGUUUUUUAUAGUCCAAAGCCAUCAUGUCAGUUGGCCCCUUUAAUAUUUCCAAUGUGAAAAAUUAUUUAAAUGCUUUUAAAUCUGCAGCACAUUGAUAAGAUGGUUUCCAUGAGCUAUAAGAUUGAAAUUCCAGUUGCAAUUCAUAACUAAUGAAUUGAAAUUUUAUUUAUUUUAAUUUUUUUUAAGUUCCCAGACUGGGGCUAGUUUAAGACUUAGUUUGUUGAAUAUUUAGCAUAAAUUUAAUGUAGACAUUUUUAUUUAUAUACAUUGGGAGCUUUAUUACCUAAUGUCUUUUUGUGGUAGCUGUUCUAAGAGUAAGAAUUGGUUCAUCUAAAAUAAGGACAUAUUCUUUCUAUACCUACUACCUGAUAAUUGAAAUGAUAACUCCCAUUUUAUUAUUGUGGAAUUUACAGUUAGUAUUAAGGAUAUUCUUCUAUACAUGAAAAAUCACUUAAAUGUGAGAGAAUGGCAUUCUACAUGUAUGUAAUAUGAAAUGUGUCUGAUUUGGUAUGCAUUAUUUCAAAAACUGUGAAUGUGUGUUAAUAACACUACAGCAAUCACAAGGUGACUAUAACUUGCAUUUAAUGCAUUACAAAAGAGGGUGGGCAAACUUUCUAGAAGAAGCAUUUCAUGUUAAAGGUUUUCAUAAAAGGACAAUCCUGAACUUUAUGGAUUUUAUUAAAACCAUAUGUUCUUUUUUGUUGCUAAUCAUUUGACACUUAAUCAAAACAGAAUAAGUACUGAGGGUUGCUGCCUAUGUGUCUUUGAUAAUCUUUGAUGGUUAGAGUUAUUUUUCAGAUUUUUUCCCCCUCAUACUGAAUUGUGAUGCUCUGAUAUGAGCAUGCAGUGACUGAUACGGAAAUAGGCUGGAGGUUUGGUGUGUGCUUUUGCUAUACAACUUACAGUUCUAAUGCCUGAUGUAGAGAUGAUGAAUUUCUUCUUUUUAAACCUAUCUUAUGUUUACUCCUUUUGUAUUAUGAAGGCCCUCUUCAAUGAUGUAUGUUUCUGAUGGAAUCAGAAAAUUUCACUCUAGACAAGUGUACCUAACUUGUUCAGUGUGAGCUCUCGGGAUGGGGAGGGGGCCAGGGGUAGAGCUUAAGAAGCCGGCUCUGUAAGAGUUGUAUAUCAAAGUACCUUCUGCUACAAGGUGCAUAUAGAAGUCAAAGGUAAGAAAUGUACCCUCUGUACUUUAUUUUUCAUGCCCCUAUCAUGUUUGGUGUGCCUUAAAUCUUACCUUUAAAUGAAGACUAUGGAUUGUUUACAAAUGAAGUUUUACACUAGGACCAGAUCGUCCAUACAUGAUUGGUCUUCUACAAUAAUAAUGUUAAAUUCUCUUUCAUUUUAAAUCUUUCUUUAGGGUCACAGAAAGAUUAGUUCUUUGAGAAAAGCUAUUGCUUUGGUACAUGACUUAGUCUGACCAAUUGGGUAAUGCUGCUUUGAAAAAUAGUUUGUCCCUCUCCCCAUUCCAAAAAUGAAUCUCUCUAGUCAGAAAAAAAAAGAUUAUCCUACUAUUUGUAGAUGAUUGCUAAGGCCUGAAAUAGGAAAGUGGAACGAAGGGAUAGAAAAGCUUCAAGUCCCGUGGUGCAGUGAAUCCUUUGAGUUUGAGUCUUUUUUACACUUAGUUCUGAAGGUGAACUUACAUUGUCCUUGUGGCCUCAUAUUUAUAGAGCUUCUUAACUGUUUUGUACCUCAGAUUGUUUUUAGAUAUCAUUGAAGAUUGAGAUGUACAAAUUAUGUUGAAUUUAACCCGUUUCCCUUGGAGAAAUUGCCUCUGAUAUGUUUCUAACUUAAUCUUAGUGUGUUCUAGGAACAGUUUUCCAUAAGAGGACAACUUCUCAGCGAUCAUGAUAGUUCUUUAGUAAGAAAUAGUGGUUGUUAAUCAAGUACAUGUAUGUCUUGUCCUUCUCUGACUUCUCUGACUCCGAUUCCUUAACUCGCAGUAUUGUCUUAGAAAUGGAAAAAGUAUCCUCUGGGCUUUCAGACUUUCAGCAACAAUAGCCAGUGGGAUACCUCUAAGUUCUAGUGUGUUCUAGUCUCUUGUAUGUCCUGAAAGGCAGCAGGAGCAUUUCUGGGGUCACACUGAUUAUUUUGUUAAAGCAGAGUUUCCUGCAUGGUUUAUGGUGCUGCUCUAAUAUUUUCUCUUUAAACUGUGUUAAUUUUUGGAGAAUGACUUUUUCAAUCUUUUCAUUGUGGAGGGUUUUUCCCACAAGGUUGUAAUGGGCAAUGAAUAGAAAUCCUAUCGUAAAUGAUUGAAUAUUCAGUGUCAUAGUGUGUGGAAAUACUCCCUUUCCUUCACAUCUGUCUUCUUAGAUGUUCUGUCUGUCAUCAUCUGCUCCGGCACAUACUUUGGACUCCUUUACAGGUGACCAUUCCUCCCUCCUCAAUAGGUGUCCUCAGUAUUUUCUAACCAUUUAAAACUGAAUUUGACAAGUGGCUAAAAACUUAAGUCUGAGACUUGUACUUAACAUGUGGUUAAUUAUAGAAAUAACAACUAUUUUAA